AGACACCUGUUGGGACAAGCAAGCAGCUCUGAGAGACAACAGACAAGAUGAGGACGAUGAUGAUGAUGAAGAACCCCGUCACUGUGGCGACCUGCCUCUUGCUUUUCUCGUCCCUCGCUGUCCUGGUCAAAGAAAUUUCAGGCAGCAACAGUCCAACAGAGUGCUGCUUUGGCUUCUACUCCAAUCCUCUGCCUAAGAGCCGAGUGGUGAGCUUCCAGAAAACGGAUCAUCAGUGUCCGAAGGAAGGAGUGCUCUUGACAACGAAGAAAGGUGAUAAAGUCUGUGUGGACCCGUCUCAGCAGUGGGUCAAGAACAUAAUCAAGCUCAAGGAGAAGGUCCAGGCUAAACCUGUGGACAACCCCACGACGUCCAAGCAUCAACCCAACACCACUCACCAAGCUCAGCAGAGCCCCCAGUGA